AUGCAAUUUGCGCAGCGCUUAGAGUAAUGGCGUCUGUGCGACACUAGCUCACAAAAUGAAGCGACGGAGGGUUUAUUUAUGCUAGCGGAGGGCCUGUAGAAGGGUUUCUAGGUGCGGCGAGAGGUGAAGACUUGACCGGAGUUGAGGACUUUCAUCUGUUGAGCGCGAUGAUCAAGCUGAAGUCCAACCAGACUCGCACGUAUGACAGAGACGGUUAUAAGAAGCGCGCGGCCUGUCUGUGCUUCAGGAGCGAGCGCGAGGAGGAGGUGUUGUUGGUGAGCAGCAGCAGUCACCCUGACAGAUGGAUCGUUCCUGGUGGAGGGAUGGAGCCUGAGGAGGAGCCCAGCGUUGCUGCCGUCAGGGAGGUGUGUGAGGAGGCAGGAGUCAAAGGUACAUUAGGAAGAUUGGUAGGUGUUUUUGAGAACAGAGACAGAAAGCACAGGACGUAUGUUUAUGUUCUCAUCGUGACCGAGGUUCUGGAGGACUGGGAGGACUCAGUAAAUAUCGGUAGGAAGAGGGAGUGGUUUAAGACUGAAGACGCUCGGCGUGUGUUGCAGUGUCACAAACCUGUGCAGGCGUCGUACUUCGAAGCCCUUCAACAGGACUGCAUGACCAGCAACGGCACAUCACUGGUGGCCACAUAUAACAUUAACCAAAACUCUCUGUCCAGCAUCAGAUAACUGUAGCUGGGCCUCGCUUUUUUCUACCGUUUCCCACUCAACUCAGCUCUACAGCAACUACUGUCUUUGUUUGUAUUUAAAAAAAAAACAAAUUAAUCAGUUACUCUAGGAUCGCCUUACCUGCCUUUUAUUGUUCAGAUAGAGUCCAUAGAGCAUCUUGCGAACAAUUGUUUGUUUUUUCUUGUUUUAAUGAAUCCUUGCAUGAAAUCCUAAUGACCGAAUGCACAAUAAGUAGUGUUUAAGGAGAAUUGUGAUGUUGUGCUAACGUUUGGCCUUUUCUCUCUGCAGUGUUUGCGUUUAUGAUUGUGCCGUUUUCUAGAGGUGGAGUUUUUGCAUGAGCACGUCGCAUAUCAAUGAGCUUACAAAUGCAGCAAGUCUUUGGUUUACAGGAUCUAAACUUAACCGAGGGUAGAUGUUUUUGAUGGAUGGGGCCAUUUGACUGUUUUUGCCUUUGUUUAGUGUGUUUCGUACAUGCUGGUGUGGCAUGAUAAUAGUCUUAGUUGUCUAAAUAGAUGCACAGAACAGAGAUGGUGUCUUAAGGGGUUGACGUUGCAGUCUUAAUGCCAAUUUUACAUUUACUCAUGUUGGAAACUCACAAACGCAGCUGCACUCUGAUUAGGCGCAUUUGCAGGAUGGGGUGGUGUUGAUGGGGUUCAGUGCAUUGUAAAAAAGCCAUUAGUUGACUACCUAAAAAUAGUGAGCAAACUUGUUGCUUUUAAAGCCAUUAGUUGACAUUUCUUAAAGUGAUCCCGUUGACGAUUACUUGACUUUUAAAUUGAGUGAGCUUUUAAAGCGAUUAGUUGAAUUUACUUUAAAAAGGGGCUGAACUUGUUGCUUUAAUGUUAUUAGUUGACAUUUAAAGUUGGUAAACUCGUUGGUUUUAAAGCGAUUAGCAGACUUUACUUUUAAAAGGGGGUAAACUUGUUGCUUUAAUGCGAUUAGUUGACUUUUAAAGUUGGUAAACUUGUUGCUUUUAAAGCGAUUAGUUGAUUUUACCUUUUAAAAGGGGGUAAACUUGUUGCUUUGAUGUGAUUUAAUUGACUUAUAAAGUUGGUAAACUCGUUGGUUUUAAAGCGAUUAGCUGACUUUACUUUUAAAAGGGGGUAAACUUGUUGCUUUAAUGCGAUUAGUUGACUUUUAAAGUUGGUAAACUUGUUGCUUUUAAAGCGAUUAGUUGACUUUUCCUUUUAAAACGGGGUAAACUUGUUGCUUUGAUGCGAUUAGUUGACUUAUAAAGUUGGUAAACCCGUUGGUUUUAAAGCGAUUAGCUGACUUUACUUUUAAAAGGGGGUAAACUUGUUGCUUUAAUGCGAUUAGUUGACUUUAAAGUUGGUAAACUCGUUUCUUUUAAAGGGGUGGUCCACUAUGAUAUCAUAUUUUAAACUUUAGUUGAUGUGUAAUGUAGCUGUGUGAACAUAAACAACAUCUCUGAAUGUAAAAAGUUCUAAGUUCAAUGCAAAGGGAGACCUUGGUUUUUACAGAGUUAGCUUAGCAAAGCCUCCAUUGAAUGAAUUUUGGAUACUACAAAAAAUACUUCCGCCCCCUAUGAGAUCACAAAGGUUUGUUUACUGCACAUACAAACUGCGCAGCUACGGGCCGUGGCCAGAGGCGCUGUAACAUUACAGCAGAGAUGAAGCUAAAAAUGCAUCAAACACGGCUGUUUCCACAGAGCUUCGUCUGUUUCUGAAUUUGGGCUUCCAAAUGACAAGACACAAAGACAGAAGUGCUUACUGUUCAAUAUUAAAUAUCUUCCAGAGAAUUAUAAAAUACACAGCAAGCAUGAUCUGACAAAACAGCUCUAGAAUCUCUCGUAGUUCAAUGUUGGAUUAGGCUAAAAUCUCCUCAAAGGAGAAGCUGUGAGCUACAACCUGUAAGUGUUUUUAUUUGUUAAAAUUGAUCAUGACAUGUACAGUGUCUAGCAUUAACGGUAUGCUGUAGCAACGAUGUAAACAAUGAGGAAUGCUGCUUUGCGGGCAAACAAUUUAGCUAAAAAUUCAUAUUUAUCAGUCAAACUGCUGUAAACACACACACACACACACAUUACACCAGCACGUUCGUGUCUCUUAUGUGUGUUAGACUUUGCAUUGAUUGUCUUGUGUGCUUUACGGGUGUGAUGUGGAGCUGAUCUGCGAAUGGCAGCACAUUAUGACGAUGACCAAUAAGAGUCACUUAAGGGUGGGCCUUUCAGAGGAACUAGGAAAUAUGACAGUCGUUUUCAUGUCAGCUGAGUAGCUGUGUAUAAUCAAAGUGAGAUAUAUGAAAAAAUAACGCGAUUUCCUUCAAGUGAAACAUGAGCAUAUAUUGCUUUGCAUCUUAUAAACACAACCAAGCCUUAAAAUUACAUUCUGGACCACCCCUUUAAAGCGAUUAAUUGGCUUUAAAAGUGAGUAAACUUUUCUUGUGAAAGGAUUAGUUGAUUUAAAAGCGAUUUCUUGACAGCAUAAAAAGUGAGUAAACCAGUUACUUUUAAACUGAUUAAUUGACUUUUUUUUUAAGUGAGUACUCCCGUUUGCGAUUACUUGACUUUAAAAAUUUGUAAACUCAUUGUUUCUAAAGCGAUUGGUUGACUUUACUUUAAAAUGAUAGUAAACCCAUCGCUUUUAAAGCAAUUAGUUGACUUUAAAAGUGAGUAAACUCUUUCCUUUUGAAAGGUUUAGUUGACUUAAGUUGGUAAAGUCGUUGCUUUUGAUUUGAUUAGUUGACAGCAAAAA